AUGAUGCUACGUGUUACCGUCGCGUUGCUGGUUGCCAUGAGCACCAAUGGAUUUACUUUGGACACAAUGAAGAAUCCAAAAUCGCAGUUGCCAGAAGGACUAUUGCCUAUUGCUCAAGCAUUUGCUUCAUUCGGGGUUGUAGCUGCCUUGACUUUGGGCACACCAGCAUGGGCUGUCGGUAGUAGUGGAGCUGAGUCCAGCGCGAACGCCAAGAUCACCACUGGUGGUGCCAGUACGUUGCAAUCAGGAAGAACAAUAUCCAUCACUCGAGGUGUCAACCUUGACAACUCUGAUUUUUCAAACACAAACCUGAAAGGCGUAGCAUUUCAACAAUCCAUAGUUCGUGAUACAAACUUCAAAGGCUCAAACUUGGUUGGCUCUUCCUUUUUCGAUGCGACUUUGGAUGGCUCAAACUUUGAAGAUGCCGACUUGAGUUUGGCAAACGUGGAGAUGGCCCAAUUCAAUAGAGCAAACUUGAAAAAUGCGGUAGUUCGAGAGAUGUAUGUUUCAGGUGCGACUCUGUUCGAGGGAGUGAAGUCGAUUGAGAAUUCGGAUUGGACGGAUACAUUCCUACGCAAAGACCAAAAGAAGUAUCUGUGCGAACACCCCACUGCGAAAGGUACAAACCCAAAGACUGGAGUCGAUACAAGAGAGAGCUUGAUGUGCAUCGAUUAG